GUCCGACUGUCGGGUGAAACGGUAUUGUCGCUUACGUUGGUCGCGUCGCGCGUUUUGCGGGUUUUCGCCGUUUUUCUCGUGCCAGAGUCGGAAACUUCUUCGUUUUACACUUCGCAGGGUGUUGUUCGUGUUAUUCAGUGUUCUUCUUUGUUGAAUAUUCUGUGGAUUUGUUUGUGUGCGGUUUUAUCAAUUUUGCCAUCGAAAAGUCCGGAAAAUAACGACUUUGAUUUCAGCAGUUUGAAGCUGUGUUUCGCGCCCGAUUGUGUAGCCGAAAUUGCAUACUGUAAGUGUUGUAAAAAAGUGGAAGAAAAAUAUUAAGAAAACAAGCAAAAAGAUUUUCAAUCACCGUUUUGAAGGAAGAAAAUAUCAAAGCAACAAAAAAGGCAUAAAAGUGAGAAAGUAGAAGCAAAUCGUGAGUGUGUUACUAAAAAUAAGCAAAGAAAAGAAGUGAAAAAAAAAAUCUAAAAGAGAUGGUUUUGGGCGCACUCAAAGUGCUGGAAAGCGAUGUUCGGCGAGCAAAAUAUUAGCAUAUGAAAAGUGCUGCCAACCGACUGUGUUGAUGUGCUUUGGAGAGGAAAAUUGAAUUCAUCAACCGCGGAGUUUUGGGGGUAGUGACAAAGUAGGAAGAAAAAGUUUCAUCAAGAAAAUUAAUACUGAGAAGAAGAAGAAGAAGCCGAGCAGUGGAAAACGCCCGAAAAUUUUCACCGCUUGGAACAAUUAGAGGAUUAAGCCGGGGCUUGGAGACACUGCGGCGGCGGCGACGAGGCUCGGCAGCAGGCUUUAGUCAAGAUGUCAGCCGGAUUGAUGUCGUGUGUCCGGGAGAACUCACCCCCGUUGGAGUGUCCCCCGGCGGCGUCUGCAGCCAGCAGCGAUGGCAUCAGUCACAGUAGCGGCGGCGGAGGAGGACCCCCGGGAACCAUGGCCGGCCCGGGUCACGGCAGCAUGAUGCUGGACCCGAACGACAUGCCCAUCACCAUCACCACCCCGGAACAUCUGCAGCAUCUCCAGCACCACCAUCAGCAUCACCAGCAAGUUCCCGCCGGUCAGCAGCAGCCCGGUGACACCAGCACAACCCGCCGCAAGCGCUUCCACCCGCUGCGGAACCUGCGGCGGAUCUUCCGGCGGCGCACGGUGUCCUCGGCGGAUGCGACCGCACCCCGCCAGCUGCUGGCGGCCAAAGGCAACAAUCUGCACCACCACCAGCAUCCCCACCACCACCUGCAGACGCACAUCCACUUUGCCACUUCCGGCUGCUCGACGACGGACGCCACCCUGCCGCGAACCGGACUCGGCGUCCCGAUCACGAUUCGGGCGGACGCCGGCGGUGGGGGCAUUGGCCCGGGACCGGCCGGAAUCGCCGGGGGUUUUUACAAGCGGGAAACGUACCGCCUGCGGGUCGACGCCGAUGAACUAGACAAGGACAUGUCCGACUACCAACGGAGCCUUAGCGAGGGCCGGCUGGUGGAUAGUGACAUAAGCCGCGAUGGCUUGUCGCAGUCCCACGACAGUGUGUUCUCGGAGUCCGCCGGUACCGCAAGCAGUCUGUCCAUUACUCUUAAGAACGAACUGGCCGACGUGCUGCGAAAGCGCCGAAAGGACCGCGCCUCCGGUGGUGAAGCCUCCGACGAGGACCUGGGCCUACCGCAAAGUCCCAUCACACCGCAGCGCAAGGACCGCGGUGGCAUCAACAAGAGCGAGGGUUCGCUCAGCAUCCUCAGUAUGACCAGCUGCUCGAGCGAUCUGGACCUGGAGGAACGAUCCGGCUCGAACGCCAGCGGCCACAAUCUGCUGCACCUGGACUCGUCCGCCGGUUCCAGUAUGUACAGCCGGUCGAUCCACGAUACGACCGAUGAUAAUGGUUCCGACUCCCCGGCCGCCAAACUGAGCCAUUCCGCUGCCAAACACAAGCUAGCCGUUAGACCAAAGAAGAAGGGACCCACGCGGGCACGUGCACGGCCACGAGAGUCCUCCGUCCUUCCCGCCACCCCGGAGGUCAACGAGGAGUCGCUGAAACUCUCGACGCUGGACAUCCCCACGCUGGAUCUGUCUCGCGAAGCGGAGGAAAAGUGCCACUCGCUUCCAUUCGGCAUCAAUCCGGGCAUGACCACCACCGCGACGUCAUCGAUCCUGACCAGCAGCAGCAGCACGACCGUCAUCAACAAGUCUUCGCCGCAGCGGGAAUCGUCGCUGAUGAGCUCCAAGAUGUCCGCCUCGAUGUCGCUGACGAGCGGAGCGAAUUCGGCGAUCUACGUCAACAGGAACAUUUCCAAGAGUUACGAUUUCAACGGGGGAUUGCAGGGUGACGGUGAGGUUGUUGUUGAGGAGGUUGAACGGAACGGUGGCAAGGGCAAGGAGGACGACGGGUUCUUCAAGCGAAUCUUGAACUACAGCUUUAAGAAGAAGAAGCACGAGAAGGAGGAGCAGCAGGUGGCUUCGCCACGCAAGGAGGACAAUACCAGCACGGUUUACAUUACGUCCGGAGGUGGUGGGGUGACUCCGGAGCUGGGGGUGAAGCUGUCGCUGCCGGUGAGUGAGGCCGACGUGCUGGACAUGAGCGGGUACAAGAAGAUUAAGGCUGGACCGGCGUCGCGGCAGCGAGUGUUUCCGAAGGAUAUCUUCAACCCGGAGGCGGAAGGCGUGGUGCCACCGCCGAGGGAGAGUCAACGGUACUCGUCGAACGUGGAGGUCAACCGGCACUCGACUUCGUCGAACGGAUCGAUUGUGAUUAGUGGAGUUGGAGAGUCGAAGAUUGUUCAGCACAAGAGUGAGGAAUAUUUGGUGUCCAAGAGUCGGAAGUUGUCGGAGUUGAGCUACGAUGACGAUGAUGAUGAAGAAGAGGGCGUGCGGAAGUACCAGCAAAACGUGGACAAGGUAAAGAGUUCGAAGGUGUACGGAUUGAGUCCGUACCAGCAGCGAAUUGCUAAGAUUUCCGUAAACCAGAGCGAGUCUCCGAAAGAUAGUCCAACGAAGAGAAAGGCCGUCGAGAAGAGCAAGAGCUUCCGCGUGUACAGCAGCGAUACCGUUUCGAACAACCUGACCAACGCCAACAACUUGCCUAGUCUGCCCAACCUGACAAACUCCCUCUCGAUCGGGAACUUUAGCAACAACUUCCUCGAAACGGAGCACAAAUUCUUCAGCAUGACCGAGAACAUCAACACGGGCAACCCGAAGAUCUUCAAAGAUUACAUCACCAACGUGGACGAACCCCUCGAAGAAGGUCGCAUGGUCUCCUCCAGCUCCUCCCUCCAAAAGUUCGAAAUCAACGACAACAAUCUGCUGAACCCGCGCGAGCAGGAACACGUCGAUCACCAGCCAAAGUCGAUCGUCCUCACGACCAACACGAUCCCCGCCCCCGAACCGAGCAUCCUCCACAAAUCCAACCAAAAUAUCUCCCAGAUCGAGGAAACCAUCGACAAGCUCGUCUCCUCCCAGUUCGUCAGCAUCAUCAAGGACGCCGGAAGCAACGAUCGGCUGGACCAACCCGAAACCCCAACCUCCACCGUCCCCGAGUUCAUGAAGAUCCAGCUCAACCGAGUGGACACCCCGAGCCGACCCAAAUCCAACGUGAUCCUCACCACCCCCCAAAGCAGCGUCGCCAGCACGCCCUCGCCGACCCCGGCCGCAGACGACGCCCUCCUCAAAACCCGCCGCUUCAGCAACGAAAACAUCGAAAUCAGCGAAAGCAAACCCCCGCUCCCGCCGUCCGCCGUGAUCGUCGCAGCGCGGAACAGCUUUGUCGAUGCGCCGCCGCGGAGUCCGCCGGCGUUCAAGCGGGCCGGUGAGCUCGGCUCGAAGCGCAACUCGAUGCACCUCAACCAUGAGAUUGGUGGCACGGACGAUCGGAAGGUGAUUCUGCAGCGCCGGACGUCGGUGACGGAGGAGAAGAUCAAGUACGAGCGGAGGAUCUCGUCGUCGUCGGAGGAUAUCAAGUUUGAGCGGAAGAAGUCCGGGUCGGAGGAGGUGCUGGAGAAGAGGAACAGCAGUGGAAGCAGUAAUUACAACAGCGGAUCGAGCAGCGGGGACGAGCUGGUGGUGCUGCGGAAGAAGUCGAUCGUGGAUAACUUUAAGGACAAGGACAAGGAUACGCCGGAGCUGAUGAAGGUGUUUGCGAGGAGGUCCCUGAAGCUGCGAUCGGACGAGGACUACCGAACCGGCGAGCCCAAAACCCUCUGCAACGUCGACAGCGACAAGGAGAACCAGUCUAGCGAGGAAAAGCUCGACAAGAUCGUCAAGCCCGAAGUCUCGCUGAACGCAAAAACAAUCACCAAGGAACCGUCCGACGGCAAAACCACCCCCGACAACACCUCCAACGAAGUCCUGCGCAAGAGCAACUCCAAACCCUUUGGAGUGCCGAACCGCUUUGGAAACGCCAUGAACGUGCAACAAACCCGGAACACGACCUCCUUUGUAGAGUUGCGCAAAUCGCUGAUCCCCGGAACGACGACACCGACGACGCAGACGACGGGAUCGCCAGCCACCAACGGAACGACUCAGAAUGGCACCAAUAACAACAACCCCGCGUCCAAGAAUGGAAUCGAAAACGGUUCGCACGAGUCGGCGCCGCUGAACGGGAACAACAACUCAAACCGCCAUACGAUCGCCACCAUGAACCAGUUCAAUCUGAACGCGAGCAACAACAACAUCAACGGUGGGUUGGCCGCGAGCAAUACCAAUGGGGCGACCAUUGAAGCGCUGGGGGAGGUGAAUGAGUUUAAGGGGAUUCUGCAGCGAAGGGCCGAGUGGGAGAAGCGGGCAAAGGAGGGGUUCAAGUGAGGAGAUUGGUACCCAUUGCCAAACCAAUAAAAUCUGGUUGCUCAAAACCAACAACUUCCAAAUAAUCCGGUAGAAAUCUAGCGCACUGUAGAUCGGUGCGCGGGUAGCGAAAAUCCUUCUAGAGGGAAACGAAAGCGGUAGAGUUUUCAACGCUUUUGCUCACAAAAUUUAGAGAAAAAUCGUUCCAUCUAUCAGCUAGAACUAGACGAAAAAAUGAUCGCGCUCAGUCGUACGUAGAGGAAACUCCAACAAUAAUUUCAGUGUUCUUUCGACGUAAUGAUCUCCCCCACCGAGCAACAAUUAUUGAGAGGAAUAGCAAAAGCGCGUACCUAAAAGGCACAGAUAGCACGAAGUCCUAGACCUGAAAGCUGAAAUUGCAAAUCCAAAUCUGGUGUCAUUCCGUUGAAUUUUAUUUGGAAUCUGCAUAGGUACAUUCGAACAAAUGAUUUUUUUAAUGUUUUCACAACAUUUUUGAGCUUUUAAGGCAUGUAAGUUAAUUUUUUUUUUAUUUUCCAAAAGUUUAAUCUCAUUAUUUUCAUUGUUGAAUAUUUGAUGUGUAUCAGCACAAAAAUCUAGUUAUAACUGGACAAUUAAGUAUUUAAUGAAAAUUUUGGUUUAAUUUAACUGAAGUAUUGCGUGAAUAAAGUUUAAAUAAAAAUUAGAUUCUUGAAAUUUGAAGUUAUUCGAUAUAGUUCAGAAGUUUUAAAUAUACGGUUAAAGCGAGAAAUUUCAUUCGAACGGCAAAAAACAGCAUUUCAAUAUUUUAAUCAUUAUUGUUGUAGAUGAAACUAGGACACUAAAAAGACAGUUUUAUUACGUCCAACUCGUGUAUUUGUCGGGAUAAGACUGACUGGCAUCAGCUGAGCAGAACAAAGCCUGUUACAAUAUCUACAAAUCGAAUGAUUAAAAUUUGGACUUAUUGAGUGUAAAAGAUUAUUACAGUCUUGUUUUAUUUUCAAAUAGUCUGAAUUGAAGAAUUUUCUGGGUUUUGAUUCUGUUUCAAAUUUUCGUCUGAAAUUUCAAAAAUGCAAAGUUAAU